UGUUUAAAUCUGCUCUCAGCCUGUUUGCACAGCUCACUUCUGCCCAGCAAUGCAGAAUACAGAUCUGCAGAAGGAGAAAUCUAGAGCAAUUCAUGCAAAAAGGCUUUAAAAAUGUGGUGGUGUUGCUGAAGAAAAGCUGUCUGGAGGGUGGCAUCAGUAAGCUGGAAGCUCUUCUGUUUGCCCAUGCCCUGGGGGAAAAGACUUUGAGAAGAUGGAGAACCAGAGGGGAGUGCUCUUGGGAUAUGUCCGCUGGGAAGGAGAAGAGGAAGGGGAUGAGGAGGAUCAGGUGGCUCCUUGUGUUUCUCCUUCCAGCCAAACGAGUAGACUGCAAGAUGUGGAGGUGGAGAUGCUUGAGAAGGCAAGGGAGCUCUUCCAGCUGUGUGACAAGGAUGAGAAGGGUUUUAUCACUAAGGUGGACAUGCAGCGGCUCCAGAGUGAACUGCCCCUAACCCUUCAGCAGCUGGAGACUGUUUUUGACAGCUUGGAACAGAACAAUAAGGGAUACCUGACACCUGUGGAGUUCAGCAUGGGACUAGGGAAGUUAAUAGGGAUUGAAUUGUGUCAAGGGGCUGGGAGAAUGGAUCACUCCAGACACGAGGAGACCUUUGAGUCAGGCUGGUCAGAUGACUUGGACCCAGCAGAUGACGAUGAAGAGAAACGAUUCUGUUCCAUGAUGGAGCAGCUCGGAGCAGCCCAGUUGUUUGAAGAUCCACAUGAGAUUCGGGAGCUCUGGGCUCGGCUACGAAAGGAGCGUCCGGAGCUCUUAUCCAAUUUUGAAGAAUUUCUACUGCGAGUUUCAUCGUACAUAAGGGAGGUGAAUCACGAGAAGGAGUCCAUGGAACAGGCACUGAAGCGGAAGGAGUCAGACCAUGACCGAGAAGUCAGGUGCCUUUAUGAAGAAAUGGAACAACAGAUCAAAGCAGAAAGGGAGAGGCUGGUCUGCCAGGAAGCACUGAGACAUGACAGGAGUAACCUGCUCCAAAGGGAACUGCACAACAAAGAACAGGAGCUGGAGAAAAUCCUCUACCGCCAGAAGAAGCUGGAACAUCAGCUGCAGUCACUGAACUCGGAGCAGCUGGAGACCCGGGUGCAGAAUGAAAAACUCCGGCACCUGAAUGAAAACCUGCUGGAAGAGCUGGAGAAAAGCAAAUGGGAGCUGGAGGCAGUGAAGGGGCAAUUAGAGAAGCUUCAGAAAGAGGCUCAGCUUGAGCAAGAGCAGAAGGACAGGGAUGUGUUUAGAGUCUCCAAGAAUAUGCAGAAAGAGAAACAAAGCCUCCUUCGCCAGCUGGAGCUCCUCAGCAGAGAGAUGAACAAGAAACUUCGAGAUGAGCGAGAUGCUUUUGAAGCCAAGAAGCUGGUGCCUCAGAACAAAAAGCCUCUGUUGAAGAAAGGCUCAGUGCUAGGCAGUUACCUGCUGGACGACAAGCCAGUCAAACGACAACUGGCCUCUGCGGACCUUCCCUUCACCUUCCCAGCGGAUGUGGCAGUGGAAGAACCCAACAGAAAGAACUGUAAAUACUUCCCAGGCAACGAGACAUGGAUGAAGACAGGAGAAGGAGAAAGCAAAAACUUUGGAGACAGUCCUAGAGACAAGGAGAGAUGGCCCUUGGCAGCAGAUACUGAGUGGUUUAAGAUGACUUUGAAGGGUGACACUGACUGCAGAAAAAAAGCAGAUGGCUUAGAUGCUGCUCCGCUGCCUCCUAGAGCACAGCCUGUUGGCACUGAAACCAGGCUCCAGGCACUGGAACCAGCCAGCUGUUCCCCAGAUCGCAUCUUUAAAGUGGUGUUUGUAGGGAACUCUGGUGUUGGGAAGAGUUCCUUCAUCCACCGCUUCUGCUAUGACAGGUUCUUGGCUGAGCUCAAUGCAACCAUCGGUAUUGAUUACCAGGUGAAGAGUCUAAUGGUGGACAACACCCAGGUUGCCUUGCAGCUGUGGGAUACAGCUGGACAAGAAAGGUUUCGGAGCAUUACCAAGCAGUAUUUCCGGAAGGCAGAUGGGAUUCUGGUGAUGUACGACAUGACGGCCGAGUGCUCCUUCAUGGCCGUGCGGAACUGGAUGAGCAGCAUCCAGGAAGGUAUCGAGGAUGGAGCUGUGGUCUUUCUGCUUGGAAAUAAAAUGGAUGCUGUGCAGAGAGAGACACGGAAUGUGCCCAAGGUGGAGGGGGAAAGGCUGGCAAAGGUUGCUGACAGCACAAGAAGACAGGCAGAGGGAGAAUGCCCUGCAGCUGGAAGAUAUCGGCAGGAGGAAAGGGUGCUGCACAUAAGGCACAUCAAUGUGUCAGCAAGAGGCAUGUGCCAGCACUGUAUCAUGAAGCUGGGGGUUCCUUUCAAGCAAGCUGAAUCUGAUGGUAUCAGCUCUGCAGAGAUUUGGGGAAGCUGAAGCUUUUCCCCGUCUGUGAAUUUUGAGGCACUAAAUCAGGCCAAAAUGUGCAUAUUAUCUGCACUGUUCCAUUUCCCAACUCUACAUGCAGCCCUGGUCUCUGGAGGCCUCUGCUUCUUUGGGGAAAUUUGGCUGGUCUUGGCUAAUAGGACAAAGUGGGCCUUCUGUCUGGAGAGUUUGCUUCCCUGUAAAGGGAUGGUCUUAUUCCUUUUCUCUCUGGUAAAGAACUGGCCUAGCAGCAGAGAGUGGAGGACACAAUGGUUGCUGUCUUAAGUAGAAUUUUAGUGUAAGAGAUAGAGCUAGCCCAAAUUUAAGUUUCUUUAAGUAGUGAUCCGUCCAUCUCAGAGAACAGCAUCUCCUCUUGGCUCUGUGACAGUAGGGCCCAGCCGAGAUCCUGCUGUGGUGAGAACGCUUCCACCACUUCCUGUAAGAUCUGGAUAAGGCCCUGUAUUUACUCCAAAAUUAAGUGGACUUGUCAAUAUUGUAGUCAACUGAUUCCAUGUGUGAAUAUGGUAUGAACUGAUAGAAUGAGUCACCCCAGUGGCUUCCAUCUCAUUGGUACCCUAAUGGACCUUGUCACUGUCCCUCUCCUACUGUUUACUGAACACAGAGCAGUUGCCCUGGCACUCACAGGCGCUGACAUGUGUUGCUGAUUCAUAACCCAUUGCCAGAGCUGUGCUGUACAAACUAGGGGAGCCAUAUAUAGCCUGUUUUAAGGUUGAACGCUGCCUGUUUCCUCCCAUUCUCCUAUCUUUUCCUGAAGAAUAUCCGGCAACUUGGAACUGCCUUUCCCGCAGUGCUUUCAAAUGUACCUGGGCUGGAAGCACGAGGCAGCUGCUUGUGUCAAAUGCACCUUUUUCUCUUGCAGUGACCUUGUGCAAGAACCUCACUUUCCUGGUGAAGGGCCUGAGAAAGAGCUGGACUGAACCUGUUUCCAUUGGGAAGGGGCCUUCUUGUUGCUCAGGAGUGGGGCAAAGCAGAGCGAGGGGAGGGGAGGGCUGAGGUAGAAACUGGCCCCAGCCAUGUGCCUGUUGGCAGAGCUGCAGCUGUGCCUGGGCACAGAGCACCUGGUGUGCUCUGGGGUGUGAUGCUUUCUGCUUUGUAGCUCAGUUGCUCUUAAAGCCUUAUAGGACUAAGUAAGCUUUUUGGUAAUGCCCUGUUCCCUUUCAUCUUUGAGCCUGUUUAUGCAACUGACAUUUUAGGCACAAGAUGUGUUCCUGCAGCCUUGAAGCAGUCCCCCCACCUUGCAGCAUGGGAAGGCCUGUAUUUGUCCACUGUCUUUCUUCCCUUGGGAUAAGGUGGUUACUCUGAAUGUCUAUUUAUUACACAAAUUUCUUUGGGAAUAUCCCAUGCAGGAAAAGUGCUCUGAGUCACUUACAGGCCUCCAGUGUUACAAAGAAUUUCCAUGGUUCCUCCUGGUGCCCUUUACUCCAGAUAGGAAAGGAAGUUUUUCUGUGCAAGAGUACGAUAUCUGAGUAAAACGAAUACCCAAAAGUAAUAAACUCCUGCUCAGUCCUUACUGUUGGCUGGCUGUGGCUCACAUUGUGUUUAACUGCAGUAAUGCCUUCCAGAAACUAGGAAGCAGAAAGCUAGAAAAGGUCCAGAACCAGGGUAGCUAGUGUGGAGCCUAGAGUAACACCAGCAGUGCUGCCAGUGGGACUCCUUGUGUUUGCAAGAAGCAAUGUGUGGGAAGGGAAAUCAUCUCUGUUUUCAGAAAACAGCUCUAAUCUGGACACAGAUGUGACUUUCUAACCAGUGUGGGCGUGAAGGAGCACAGGCAUUAUCACCUGUUGAACAGGUCGAACCCACCAUCUGCCUUAGGGGAGCUCCAGGUGCCAGUUAACAUGGAGUGGCUGGCCAAGAAUUGGUGUCUUCGGUCGUGGCACAUCCAUAAUGCUAACAGUUACUUACCUGCAGCAGCAGGAUUUGGGAAGCUGCUGCAGAAGGAAGAGAGCAGUAGCUAAUGUUCUGAACCUGCGCCUCCUACACUCUGUACAGAGCACAUCAAAGACAAAGGCAUGAAAUUACAGCUGACACACAAAUACAAGCAGUCUGUGUAGUACCUUGAUCAGUGCUGUCAUAUUGCAAUGGCAAGAACUACCAGGUUCUUUUGAUGUACAACCUUAAGCAUGUUUUCUUAGUGUGCAAACAGUACAGAUAAUAAAGAAAUGCUGUCUUA